UUUCGUGCGGCCCGGAUUAUAGUGCGCCCUUCAGCCAUUAGUGCCUCGGCCAGUGGAGGAUUGUCGUUCGCAAGUCAAAUAUACACGCGCCCGCGGGUUCGACAAUGACUGCUUCCCGGAUUACCGCCGUGUCUCCGGUGGGAAGCUACUUCCUGGUGCUGCUGCUGCUCGUCGCUGCGGGGCUGGUGGGCACCGUUAAUGGGAACCAGCAAAUCACCGGCAACGGCAGCCCCAAGUCGACGACGUCCGGCGGCGGCACCCUGACGAUCAUCCCGGAGGAGGAAAUGGCUCAUUUCGUGAACCAAUCGCGCAUGGCCAGCUGCUGGCACUCGAACCCGGAGCUGAAGCUCAAGUGGCGGAACCCGAAAAACGCCGUCAUCGAGGAAACGCGCGGCCGGGUGCACAUCGAGAACAAGGGCAGCUCGCUGACGCUGAUAUUCGAGAAGAUCGAACGCACGGACCAGGGCAACUGGACCUGCGAGGUGGACGAUCCGAGCGCCCCGGCCUCCGCGGAGGCCCUUCGGAAGUCCUUUAAAAUGAUCGUCUACGAACCAAUCUCGUUCCGGGACACGAGCAACGUGCAGACGGCGGUGGAAGAUAAGGACGCGACCAUCCGCUGCGAGGUGAAAGGGCAUCCGGAACCGUCCGUGUCGUGGUACUUCAACGGGCAACCGCUGCACUUUGGCCACAACGGACGGUUCAGCAAGCUGGCCGACGGGAUGUCCAUCAAGAAGGUGCGGCAGAACGACACGGGCGAGUAUACGUGCAAGGCGUUCCAGAUUUCGGCCACCGGGAGCAGCUUCGAGGAGAAGACGAUCCGGCUCAACAUCAAGCAUAAACCGUAUCUGCCCAAGUGGAAACCGUCCAUCGUCGAUGCCUACGGGUACGUUAGUGGCAUGGUUAAUCUCACGUGUGAGGCGACCGCCGAACCGCCGGCCAACUUCAGCUGGUCGGCCAACAACAAAAAGCUCACCCAGAAGAGCCACAUCAUCUACCAGGGUCAGCACGUUUCGAUGCUGCAGAUCUUUAUAAAAACUAGCAGCACGUUCGGGAAGUACAAGUGCGAGGCAAAGAACGAGCUCGGUACGGUGUCGCAGGAGAUCAUCUUGAAGGAGGGCUCCAAGCCGGACCCUCCGAGUCUGUUCCAGCUACGUGGUGUCAACUCGGAUACGCUCGACAUCGACGUGGGAGCGACCAAGUCACACGACACGCCGCCGGACCCGACCACCGUCAUCGGCUACCGGUUCGAGCUGAUGCCAACGGAGGAGUACUCCCGGACGCGCUCCUGGGACCACGCGAGCCGACGUGACUUCGAUGUGGCCGACGGAGCGACCUACCUGCUGGUGCAGCUCAUACCCGACACCAAGUACCUCAUCCGGGUGGCCGCUCGUAACGCGGCCGGUCUCAGCGACUGGACCGAGGUGAAAGAGUUCUCCACGCUGCCACUGCAGCCCCACGGCAUCAGCGGCUCCUCGGCCGGACCCGCCCUCCUGUGGACGCUGUCCGUGGCCCUCCCGCUCGCUCUCUCGAUCACGCAGCAGCACCACCGGUUUGCGGUGGCCGCCACGACUGAAUGAGGAUGUCAAAGCUCCCCGUCCCAUAGCCGCCAGCCCCUCCCAUACGCCACUAGCACUAUUAUGGCCAUUCUUGGUGCGAUCUAAUUGACCCGAACAUCGAAGAAAUGCCAGAAACCGGAAACACGAGAACGAAAACGGAUCGCCGAAAAACGCAACUCAGCAGCAGCGCGCGCGUUAGGACAGCGCGGACGGAGCGAUACUCAAAGGUAGGAUACGAAUCCUCGACGUCCUCUCUCGGACCUCCCUGCGAGGGGUGGUCGGGGCUAGAGACCGAGGCAGGACACACCACAGUAUUCGAAAACGGUUAUAGAAAAUCAGAGAUUAGUAUUAUGUUGAAGGAAAGAUGCAGAGAGCCCCCGUGUAGUGCCACACACACACUAUACAUAGAGCGAUGGGCCGACCGGAAGGAUCUUCGUUGAUUGAGCGUUACGUUACGGUUAUAUAGAGAGCAGCGCGACACGUGGAUCAGAUAUAUAGGAAUUGGAUUUCCCACAAGGACACAUUCAGAGCCCACACACACACAUGUACUACACGAUCAGUGCGGCCAGCCAAAUUUACACACCACACAUACAGACAGACACACUCUUCCGGCAGCCAAAGGAAAUGGUAGCCCCCCUGGUAGAUUAGAUAUAUUGAAAAAGUGAGUAUUUCUUAAGUUUUGCGUGUGCGUGUAUAUUGAGAAGGGGCCUGGAGAGACGAACUUGCAGCUAGUGUUACAUUAAGAGAUUUGAAGGAAACGUUUAGUCAUAAAGAGAAUUACAAUAUUGGAGAGUCGCCACCAUCGAAGGUACGAUAUUCGUUAAUUUGAAAACGAGCGAGUGAAAUGUGUUUGUGAAAUAACGUUAGGAUUCAGAACUGCGUGUGUCCAUGAUUACGAGACGCCUUUCUCUUAGUUCCUACAAGUAUCAUUCCUUUUGUCUCGAUUCGACACGAAGCCCUGUCGCGUGACAUCCGAGCUUUUG